AUGGCUUCCUACUCCUUCGUAGCAAUGGGCAACCCGUUGCUCGACAUCCAAGUGCGCAAUGGUGAAGCGCUGCUCCAGAAAUAUGAACUCAAAGCGAACGAUGCUAUCCUCGUCGAGGGCAAGCAAAAGGAGAUCUAUGACGACAUCAAGACCAACUACGACGUCGUCUAUGUCGCCGGUGGUGCUGCACAGAAUGCUGCCAGAGCUGCACAGUAUGUCUUGCCCGACAAUUCGACCGCCUAUCUCGGUGCAGUAGGCGAAGACGAUCUUGCCGAUCAGCUGAGAGCGGCCAAUGAUAAGGAAGGCCUCAAGAGCUUCUACCAGGUCAUUCCAAAGGGUGGCGAGCCGACGGGAGCCUGCGCGGUGGUCAUCACUGGUCACAACAGAUCGCUAGCAACGCUGCUGGGCGCUGCUGAGAAGUUCACGCCAUCGCAUCUCGAAGAGUCCAACGUCAAGCAGCUGAUCGAGGGCGCCAAAUUUUUCUAUCUCGGUGGCUUCUUCCUCACCCAUGGCAUCGAGAGCGCUACAAAGCUUGCCAGCUAUGCCAGCGAGCAUAACAAGAUGUUUGCAAUGAACCUGUCAGCGCCUUUCAUUCCACAGUUCUUCAAGAGCCAAGUCGACACGAUGCUGCCGCUCGUCGAUGUUUUGUUCGGUAACGAGAGCGAAGCAGAGGCUUAUGCUGCCUCCCACGACUGGAAUACGAAAGACAUUGCAGAGAUUGCGAGCAAGCUCGCUGCACUGCCCAAGAAGAACACAGCCUCGCCCCGUCUGGUCGUCAUCACUCAAGGAGCGUCUUCGACCAUCGUCGCUACGCCCGAUGCAGAACCAAAGGUGUUCCCUGUCACCCCCAUGAAGGACGAAGAUAUCGUCGAUACCAACGGAGCGGGCGACGCCUUCGCAGGCGCUUUCUGUGGUGCUCUCUUGCAAGGGAAAGACAUCGACACGUGUGUUGACGUCGCGCAUCAGCUCGGUCAAAUCUGCGUGGCAUCCAGUGGGCCUACCUUCAAGUGGCCCAAAGUGCAGCUGAUCAAGUAG